AUUUACCCGGGUGCUGGAGACCAGCAUAGCUUUCCUAUUUUAUUGUAUAGUCAAAUCAGAUAAGAAUCUACGAGGAUGCAGAACUCUAGUGCCAUCGCUCUCUUCGCCCUGCUGUUUGCCGCCAUCAAUUCGACGGCCGGUUUCACCUUCACCAGCAACAACCAGCGCUCGGACUUGAACUGCUCCAACGUCGACUACUCGCCGUGCACUUGCGACGAGAACAGCAUGGUGGCCUGCGACCAGAUUCCCAUCAAAACUCUGCGCUCGGCCUUCGCCAAAAUGGCGGCCCACGACCUGACCGGUCUGAAGCUGACGCUGUCGCCGGCCGAGAAGGACCUCAUCCCCGACGAUUUCCUCGGCCAGAUGAACCUGGCCGGCGAUCUCAUCAUCUACUGCCGCGACAGCAAACGACUCCGCGUCAGUCAAAAGGCUUUCCAGCACUCGGCCGCCACCAUCACUCGGGUCUUUAUCGACGGCUGCGAUCUGGGCCAGCAGCCCAACUUGUCCUUCAUGUCCCGUUUUAACCACAUGAUGGCGCUGGUCAUCAAGAAUUCCAAGAAUUUUAAAAGCUUCAAAGGCCUGCCCAGCCAGUCGACGGCUCUCUCCUAUCUGUACGUCACCCACUCGCGGGGGUUCGAAGCGCUGGCCCCGGACGCCGUGGCCCUGCCGGCCCUGAGAGUCCUCUACUUGAAUUUCAACCAGCUCAACGACGCUUCGGCGGCCAAACUCUUCAAAGCCCUGGCCGGCUCCUCGGUCGACUCGCUGACGGAGAUCCGGCUGGACGAGAACAAGUUGACGAAAAUCCCCGACGCCAUCAAGUCGCUGGCCAAACUCGAGCAGCUGGAAUUGGGCUUCAAUGAGAUCGCAGUUAUUUCCAAGAACUCGUUGCCCGUCAACAACACGGGCACCAACGGGCUGGCCUUCAGCUUGCAGAAGAACCCCAUAGCAACGAUCGAGCCGGGCGCCUUUGGCGGCAACAUCGGCAACAGUAAUUACGUCAAAUUGCAGGACAUUAAUUUGACUCAGCUGGACCCGAAAAUCUUCAAGCCCGUCCUCCAGCGGAUGCUGAUCCGCUCCAAAAAAGUCCUGGGCAGAACUCCGUUCCUCUACCUGGGAAACAAUGCCAUUAAGUGCGAUUGCCACCUGGCCUGGCUGGUCCGCGAUAACCGCAAUUUGCUCAACUACAUCGAAGGCGCCAAAUGCUCCGACUCGAGAGAAUUGAUCGACCUGAAAGCCGACGAUUUCGUCAGAUGCAAAUGAAGUCAAAAUUGAACUGACUGGAUGAUGAGAAUUGCUGUUGACCUUCGAAUCGAAUGUGACGUCAUUUAGAUGUGUUCCAAUCGAUUGUUGUUUUGAUUGUUUAACGCCUUAAUUUUAUUUGAUUUCAAGUUGAUUCUGGUUGGCAAUAACCUGUCGGCAUUAUUAUAUGAUAUUGUCAUAUUGAAUCCUUAUUCCUUUUACUACCGGUUUCGAUUCAACUAUAGGGUGUGGCCGUACUAAAUACAGUAUAUGUGGUUAGAUCUUUUGAUGAUUGAAUAAACCCUUAUUUAUUUUUGCA